CGUCGGGUUAAAAGCCCAAGUUUGGGCCAAUCUCAGGGACGAAUCCGCAGCGCCGUGGCGAUAUCUUCCCUUCGAUCGGCGAAGGUUUUAAUAGGUUUUCUUCUUCAGAUGUUCUUCCCCAAAUUUCUCUCCAUACCCUCUUCUUCUCCUCUCUCUUUUAAUUUCUGUUAAUCCAGAGAGAGAUAGAAGGGGGGGAGAGGAAUUAGCUUCCGAUUUCCAGAUUUCUGGAUCGUCUUCCACCAUGGCUGCUGCCGAAGCUCCCCUUAAUUAUGUUGGCGUUGCUAGAAAUUCCGCCGCUUUCCGCCUCAUGAAGCAAAUGGGAUGGGAAGAAGGAGAAGGAUUAGGAAAAGACAAGCAAGGCAUCAAAGGACAUGUCAGGGUUAAGAACAAACAAGAUACUGCUGGUAUUGGAACCGAACAGCCAAACAAUUGGGCAUUUGAUACAACUCAGUUUGAUAGCAUCCUUAAAAGGCUUAAAGUGCAAACCACUGCUAUCAAGAGUGAUGAAGUAAAUGAUAAUGAUAAAAUACACAAGGAAAAAGGGACAGAGAAUACUCAAAACAAUAAAGAAAUAGUUAGUAAAGUCACUCGUCCACAAGGAAGAUAUAAGAAGAGAGAAAGGGGGAAGCUUGUCGAUUCCUACUCUAGUUAUGAUCUUGAAGGAAUUCUUGUCAAAAAGACAAAGUCUGCACAGUCUGAUGAUGUCCAGAAUGUGUCAGAGAUACUGCAUGCAUCUGAAACCCUAGUUUCAAGUGCUGAAGAUAAAGAGCAUGGUGUCCCACCAGAUUGGUGGGGUCAUAAGUUUGGUUUUGUUUUGGGGGGUUUUCUUGGAGCCCAGACUAAGCAAAAGAAGUCAUCUGUUGAAGAUCAGCAAGGUUCCAGUAAGAGAACUACAUUCUGUGAGGAUGAUCAAGAAAAUCUCUACAAUCGUGUUCAAGAUAAAGCUACUUCUGGAAAACAAGGUUUGGGCAUAAAGGACAAGCCAAAGAAGGUUGCCGGUUGCUUCUUUCAGGGGAAAAAGACAUCUUUUGAUGAAAGUGAUGCGGAUGAUUCCUCUGAUUCGAACCCGCCAAUUCAAGCAAAAAAUGACGAAAUUUCCAACUGUGCUGAACCAAAAAUGAAACUAAAGAAGUUGUGCAAGCGCCUCCUUAAAAAGGAACCCAGCAACUCUUUGAAACUUAAGCAGCUCAAAGUUCUUAUUGAUGAGCAUUCGUCUGGGGUGUUUCACAACAUGUCUAAGAAAGAUUCUAUAACUUAUUUAAAGCGCAAGCUUGAAGGCAGUGAUACAUUCUGCUUGGAUGGGAAACGAGUCUCUCUAACUUCAAGGAGCGGCUGAAAACAUGUUUUUCUUUUUUGCAGAUUGCGGCAACACAUUGUACAUUGUUUCUUGUUGAGGCCUGGCUUGGGGGUGAUGCACCAUUUGCUGCCAUAGUAUUUUCAGUUUGCUGCUUUUUAAUUAUAUAUACAUGUUUCCGAGGGGUUAAGGAUAAGGUUUGUAAAAUGUUUUUGUUCAGAUUAAUGUUUGUUUUGUAAUGCCUUGCAAGGAACUUUGAAGCUAUUCCAAUUUCAUCACUCUGGAUUCAUAUAAAGUGUUGUUUUUGGUAAUAAAUAGCUUUCCUUUGU